CGAAUAGUCGCAGGCAACUUGGACAAACGCACUUUGAUCGACCUUGACCCGAGUAGACCUGAACAGCGCGUACAGUGCACAGGGAGCCUCUUCACUGAUCCAAUGUAUUUCACAUUGGUUUGUCCACGCUGAACCACACUGCCCCUCACCUCGCGAUGCAUUCGCCAUGGCGCGUUUGAACCCCCGACAACCGCCCUCGGAAUCCGCCAGUGUAAGAGCAACAAGCCCGUUGGCCCCAUCUAUCUUGUCUUCCGUACAUGCUUCGGACUCGGAUAAAGAAAACGAAGGCCGUUUGCGCGAGCCUACCAACAAGGCCAAACGAAGGAGUCGAGCACACUUCAUGUCAGACAACGGAAAAGCCAACCCAAGCGCAAACAAACGGCGGCGAGUCAGUGGUGAUGAAGAUGACGAGACGACUACUGCACGCACCAACAAAUUCUAUGAUCCCGAUCAGAAUCCAGAAGAACGACGGUUCGUGCGUAAAGGACUGCGCAACCUCUUGGGAAAGCUGCAUGACUCCAAGAGUGAAUUCUUAAGACCAGAUUCAAAGGGCUUGGAAGAGACAUUAAAGGAGGCAAAUGAACUGUACAAAAGUGUCAAGCAAACAUCCGAGGCCACGAUCGACUCUCGCUUGCUUGUCGAGACAGCCGACUUAUCCUACCGGAAAAUCAACAGCCUUACGUUAGGGGAUGGUUCAGCCGGCAUCGAUGUGGAUGACUUUGUCACAAAAUGUAUCGGAUUCAUGAAAGGAGGCGACGAUGCAGCCGAUCGCACCCCCGAAGCACAUGCGAGUAGUGAGACUCAAAGACGUCGACGCCGGCAUGCUGAAGCCGAAGCAGAGGACGAAGACGACGAAGGCGAUACAAUGAAUUGGGAAUACCUGGGCAAGAAUGCCUGCUUUCUAUACAAUUCGCGUCCAUGCUUAACAGGAUUCCUGCUCGGACCAUUGUCUCUUCAGAAGAAAAUUCGCCAACAAACUCAGCGCAAGGCUCGGGAAGCACGAUCACAGUUGACGCAAGCCUCACGGCCAAUUGAACUUAACGACGAAGACUUGGAAAAACAGGAGUCAGCGAGUCUUACCACAGUGUGCACCGAGAUUGCAAGGUUGCUGGAUGAUCACCUUUCGCGAGGAGAUGAGGCAGUAAAUCGAGACUGUGAAGAGAUUGGGGAAGACUUAACAGACCAACAGAUCCAAGAGAUACUGUUGCGCCAUCGCAUGGCUGAUAACGGCUGUGUAUCAUUGUUCGACUUCUGUGUCAACCCGAAAUCGUUCGGACAGACGGUAGAGAAUUUAUUCUACGUCAGCUUCCUAGUCAAGGAAGGUAAGGUCGGUCUGGAUUUUGACGGUCAUGGCCUUCCGACGCUCGGUAUUGCAGCCCAACGUAGCGUUGCAGAAAGACAAGAAACGAAGCGGAAUCAAGCCGUUUUCACGCUUGAUUUUGAUGUCUGGGAAGACAUUAUCAAAACAUUUCACAUCAAGAAAAGUAUCAUUCCUCAUCGACAGGAGGAGACAUAUGACGAUGGUAUUUUGGAUUACGGGCGCAUGGAAGACGAUGGGAGCCGGGCAGUCGAGAUAGAUGAAGUGUCCGAUGCGUAUGCAUAGCGACGAUUACGAUGGAUGUCAAGGGUGUACAAUGGUCUGUUUGGUCGUUUAUUGUCAGCUUGAGGGAGCGAUUGAUACCACAAGAGCCGUGUAUGACAGAUUUGAUGAGUACUCUGGAACUGUGCUAAAAGCAUAGAAGCGUUUGAAAUUAGGUGCCUACGCUACUUUAAACUCGAUAGAUGGACAUGGCGAGAAAUCAAUCCGAGACUUUUGAAAUCCUG